UAAAACAAGCUUGAAGGAAAGGGUUUUCGGUGGCGAUGAGCAAAGGACGCGAAUGAAUCACGCCGACGUUGGUCAAUGUUAUUUGGUACACUGCCUAUUCUUCCCAUCUAUUGCUGGCUACAGGACGCAGCAAUGAGCCGAAUCAUACCACAACCAUAAAUACUGCUCUAGUGCCAACCAUGCCAGACGUGUACGAGGCGGCGGAAGAGGAUGCUUUAAACGACAGCUCGAAUGGUGCAGCGCAACCCGUCCCCACGCGAUCCAUUUAUGCGUUGACCCGGAAAGAAAUAACACAAGGAAUUGCGAAUCGCUUUGUGCACUCGCACACGUACAUAUUUCUCUACCUGUCCAUGGCGGCACUGUCUGUGACAACCGUCGUGCUCAGUCUGUCCGACGGAUGUCCAGGGCUGGCGUUUUAUAUCUUGGAGAUAAUAAUUAACACGAGCAUGAUCCUGGAGGUCGGUGUGCGUUUCGUUGCGUUUGGUCGGCAAUUCUGGAGGUCCCCGUUUAAUGUGUUGGAUCUUAUACUCACCUUGUUUUGUGUCAUCACUUUGUUGGUGAUAACAUUUGCAGGAUGCGGAGCGGGAAGUAAGGAAGAAGAGUUAUUGGACACCCUACUGCUCAUUGCACGUAACGUGCUACAAUUUGGUCGCCUAGCAGCGGUCAUGCGACAGUCCGGCCAGUCCAUCUUUUCCAGGCCAAAGCCAAUCGAUAUUUCUGCAGUCAGGAGAGCAGGCUAUACCAGCCUCGACUUUGAUCUGGAGGAUGAGGAAGAGAAUGAUCCAGAACUGGGUCGACCGCUCGUGCAAGAUGCAGUAAUCUUUGAUGCACCAGACGAAGAAGAACCCGCUCGCAUGUCGGAUAUGCCGCGCGCUGUACAGGCUGUGCACGACCGUGAUGACGAGGAUGUCUGGGCAGAGUUGGGUUGAGGCGAGGAGUGAUCUACGGCCCGUGUCCUUAUACAUUCCAUCCCUUUUCUGCGACGCACUCUACUCGGACAACCUUGCCGCUAAUUCUAUUCUCGCAAGUUGCUUUUCCGAAAUGGGAUCUUCACGAGAUGAAGCCGAAUUACAUUACGACCGGCACCGGUUGAUGCUAUGUAGCGAUGUCAGGCAGGAACAAUUCGUCUUACGAUAUGGCAGGUCCCGACCUAUAUUCGCGUCACUGUCGCUAUGCUGUAAACUUCCAUCCGUGACUUAACACGGUUAUGUAUCAUGGUUGACGACGCCUCAGACGAAUACUCAUGCCUCAUUCUUCUCAGGUAGGCGCGCUCCUUGGUGCUUCAUAUGUUCACCCUUUGAACAUUCUAACGCCCAUUAGAUGGC